AUGGCGGACGCCCAAUUCGAUGAUUUAACCCCCAAAUUCGCGCCCUUCCUGGGCAUGGGCGGCGUCGCCUUCGCCAUGAUCUUCGGCUGCGUAGGCGCUGCCUACGGCACAGCGAAAUCCGGCAUCGGCAUUGCAGGCGUCGGUACCUUUCGCUCAGACCUUAUCAUGAAGUCCCUCAUCCCCGUAGUAAUGUCCGGAAUUAUCGCCGUCUACGCCCUCGUCGUCGCCGUCCUCAUCGCCGGCAACAUGAAGCCUCCGAGCCAAAACUCCUACAGCCUGUUCCAGGGCUUCUUACAUCUGGCGUGUGGGUUGAGCGUGGGAUUGACGGGACUGGCGGCUGGGUAUGCGAUUGGGAAGGUUGGGGAUACGGGCGUGAGGAGCUAUAUGCAACAAUCCAGGAUCUUCGUGGGCAUGGUGCUGAUACUGAUUUUCGGCGAGGUGUUGGGGUUGUACGGAUUGAUCGUGGCCCUCAUCUUGAACACGAGAUCAUCUGGCUAA